AUGGAGCUCACAGGUUUUCGUCAUCAGGUUGGUGGUCAUUUUGGGUUAUUGCAAUGUGCGGGACAUGUAGCAAAGCCCAUUAACAGACGUGAAAUGGAAUUUUAUGAGUUAAUGGGCGACAACAUCCGUCAGUUCGCUCCUGAGUAUUGCGGACAAGUUCGAGUGUGCGCAACAGUAGACGAAGAUGGCGAUUUGCAUCUUGUAACUGAUUCCCCAUUACUUUGUCACCCUGAACCCUCGAUAUGUCGAAAAGAUGCUAUGGCUAUGUCAUUUCGAGUUGGGAAAGGUGGCCGAGUUGAAGUCGAUUUAGAUAAACCUAGCAAUCAUUGGGCUGCUACCUGUCAAAGCAAAGUCGUUCAAAAAUUAUUGGAAGGCUCGUGCUCUAGAUUUAUUCUUCUAGAGAACGUAGUCGCGUCCUACUCCAGACCUUGUAUUUUGGAUCUCAAAAUAGGCACAAGGCAACACGGAGAUGAUGCUUCCGAGUCAAAACGACAUCGUCAACUUCGUAAGUGUCGAGAAUCGACUAGCGCAACUUUAGGUGUACGCAUGGUUGGUAUGCAGCUUUACGAAUCGAAGACAAAAUCUUACUCUUUUGUUGAUAAACAAGAAGGUCGGCGUAUAGAUCAAACUCAGUUCAGAGCGUAUAUGCAGAAAUUUAUUAGAUAUUGUGGAAAUUCUAGAGCUGCCAAAUUGCGACAGAGAUUACGUGCUCUACGGGAAGCUCUCCUUGAUGCCCCUGGAUAUCGAUUUUUUUCCUCAUCCAUACUUGUAGCGUUCGAUUCUGACACUCAGGAUAGCAACUCUGAGGACGCUAUUCGAGUAAUGAUGAUAGACUUUGCCCACUCUACUUUUACGGGAUUUUUCAAUGAUUCUGUCUACGAUGGUCCAGAUGAUGGAUGUCUCUUGGGAAUCGAUAGCAUUUUGACAGCAAUUGAUGUAGCUCCAUCCGCCUUGCAACAUCAAACAGUUCUCACAGCAAUAAUGCAACACCAGGAACCAGGACUUAAAGAAGUUUGA